UCAAGUGCAUUGUGGAGUAUUGUAUGUAACUGUGUAACCUUCAACAUCAAGUGAAGCUGGCAUAUAUAACUCAGCUUAUUCUCUCACAUGGGUCAAAUUCGAGUCACAGUGCAGUAGACCAAAUUCUCUCCUGUGCCUUGUGGAUGUCUUUUUCGAUCCUUACUUUUUUUUAUCGAGGGUUUUGAAAAAGAUAAUGGGCAGCUUAAAGACGAGGGACUAUGACAGUAUCACAUCAUUCCUUGGAUCUUGGGGACCCUUUCAACAAAGGAUUUUUUUAGCACUGGCCAUCAGCAUCCUACCAAAUGGAUUUGUUGGUACCAACAUACUAUUUGUAGGUGAUACCCCUCCACAUGAGUGCUUUAUCCCUGAAAACAACAGCAUCAGUGACAUGUGGAGAAAUGUGACUAUCCCUUUGGAGACUGUCAAUGGCGUUGAAAAGCGAAGCUCCUGCUCAAGGCUUAACUUGGAUAUUGUCAGUAACUACUCUCAAAAAGGAAUCAUCCCAAAUGUGGAUGUAAAUGUGAGUAACAUUCCUUUAGAGAGUUGUCUAGAUGGUUGGACUUACAGCAAAGAAAUCUACCAGUCAACCAUUGUCACAGAGUGGGACUUGGUGUGUGACAAUGGCUACAAAACUCCAUUGGCUACCUCUAUCCAUUACGUUGGAGUACUAGUGGGAGCAUUUUUAUCAGGCCAGAUGUCUGACAGGUUUGGAAGGAGACCCACACUCUUUCUCAUGAUGGCUAUACAGACUGUUUCAAUUACAGCACAAAUAUUCUCACCAAGCUGGGAGAUCUUUACACUUAUUUUCUUCUUUGUUGGUGGGGGAGGAUACUCCAACUAUAUCGUUGCAUUUGUGCUGGGUACAGAAAUUCUAAGCCCAAAAUCCAGAGUGGUCUUCUGCUCUCUUGGGGUUUUUAUGAGCUCUGCUUUGGGGUACAUGGUAAGCCCAGCUGCAGCUUACUUCCUCCGUGAUUGGCGAUUGCUGCUGAUUCCCAUGGCUGCCUCUGGCCUGUUGUACCUCCCUCUUUGGUGGAUAGUCCCAGAGUCUCCUCGCUGGCUGUUUUAUCAGGGAAGAGUGAAGGAGGCUGAGGCAAUACUGAGGGACGCUGCCAAGACAAAUAACGUAGAGGCUCCACAGACCAUCUUUACAGCAGCUGAGAUCGAAGACGUACUGGCUAUGAAAAACAAGAAAUACAACUUAUCAAUUAUCCUAAGCAACUGCAAUAUGUUUUCUCUUACACUACUGUGCUCACUUCUGUGGAUCAUCAUCACCAUCAGUUACUACGCUUUAGCCCUCAAUACUUCAAACCUGCACGGCAGCCCUUAUUUAAACUGCUUCUUCUCUGCUUUGACAGAGGUGCCAGCUUAUAUUGUUGCUCUUCUAUUGCUCAAGUUUUGCCCCAGGCGCUUCUGUCAGUCUUCUACACUGUUGCUUGGAGGCGUGAUGAUCCUCUGUGUUAACCUCAUCCCCAUAGGUCUACCUGCUGUAUCCGUGUUUCUUGAGAUGUUGGGGAAAUUUGGCAUGACAGCUGCAUUUUGCAUCGUAUAUGCUGUCACAUCAGAGCACUUCCCCACUUUUAUCAGAACUACAGCAAUGGGAUGUUGUUCAAUGGCAGCUCGCAUUGGAACAAUCAUCUCCCCCUUCAUCAUUUAUCUGGGUCAAUACAACAAGUCACUCCCGUACAUAUUGAUGGGAAGCAUUGCAGUUGUCGGUGCUGUCUUAUGCCUCUUUCUUCCAGAGACAUUUAACAAGCCUUUACCAGAGACCUUAUCCCAGAUGCAGCAGAUAAACCAGAGACGAGGAAAGAAGAAAGAAGCUGAAAAGGGAGAGCACAUCGCUGAUUUUCAGACUAAAGAAUCAAAGUUGUAGUUUAUCCCCUAGUUGCCACUACAGUGGAGAGAAAAAAAAAAAGGCU